AUGGGGCUUAAGAUCUUGAUCCUUUGCGCUGGAUACGGAACUCGUCUUCAACGUGAUAUCCUCCAGGAUGAUAGUGGAAAGUAUAAUCAUCUUUUAGGAGUUCCAAAAGCCCUCCUACCAGUUGGUGGAAAGGACGCGUUGAUAACUCACUGGCUCCAAAUACUUAGAAAGGCUCGAAUCAAAGUCGACACCAGUGUAUAUGUUGUGACUAAUGCAGUAUUCUAUGAAAGUUUUAUUUCCUGGGCAAACAAUAAUGGCGUACCGGCCUCGAACAUUGCAAACAAUGGGACCACCUGUAACGAAGAGAGGUUAGGAGCCGUCUCCGAUAUUGCGUUCGGCUUACGCAGUUUCCAACUCUAUGACUCUGACGUGAUCAUAAUUGGAGGGGACACUUUAUUCAAGGGCGACUUCAAUUUUGAAAAAUUAUUGGAACGGUUCAUGUCCGUGGACAAUGACGGCUGCUUUUUAACAACUUACACCGUUCAUGACAAUGCCACGCGCAAACAUGGGAUCCUCACGCUAGAAGAUUUGUCAACUAAAGACAUGAUCUUGGUGACAGGCUUUCUGGAGAAGCCUGAUCCCAGACACACGACUUCGCGAAAUGCAUGCCCAUGCUUUUACCUCAUCAAACGUGAGACCUUGCCUUUGGUGAGCUCGUUCCUUAUAGAAUCCCAAAAUGACAAGGCACAAACAAUUGAAAACCGAGAUGGCCCGGGAAAUUUUUUGGCAUGGGCGAUCAACGGGAAAAGAGUCAAAUUUUAUGCAGAGAAGGUUGGAGGAAGAAUAGAUGUAGGAGGAUUAGAAAGUUAUUUGGAGGCGAAGGAAUAUUUCAAAGAUCUAGACACGUGA